UCGUGCUCUCAUACCACUUGAUGGCUAAUUAUUUUAUGUUUACAUUUCUUACUAGUAAUUUUUAGUCUUGCUUUACUCUUUAGUAUAUAAAUAUAACCAUCCCUCUGAAAUUUUUCAAAACUCGAUUGAUUUAUAAUUUUAAUUUUUAUUAUUCUUUUCUUGUUUUAUAUUAUCAUUAUUAAACAAAGUCAAGUCAAUUCAAUUCACAUACUUCAUUCAAUUACUGUUUGAAGUUAUAAAAUAUAUAUAGAGUGAAAACUAAUUGCUACAACCCCCUUAGUUUCCCCCCUAUCCGCAUACUAAAAAAAAAGUACAAUACUGAAAAAGUACAAAACUCAAAAACUAUUAUCAAAGUCAUAAAAAUUACAUAAUGGCUGAAAUCACUUUAGGUAGAUAUCUUUUUGAAAGAUUACAUCAAUUAGAAGUUAACACAAUUUUCGGUGUUCCAGGUGAUUUUAAUUUAUCACUUUUGGAUAAGAUCUAUGAAGUUGAAGAUGCUCAUGGAAAAAACUCUCUUAAAUGGGCUGGUAAUGCUAAUGAAUUAAAUGCUGCUUAUGCUGCAGAUGGUUAUUCCAGAGUUAAAGGUUUAGGUUGUAUAGUUACAACUUUUGGUGUUGGUGAAUUAUCAGCUCUUAAUGGUAUUGCUGGUUCUUAUGCUGAACAUGUUGGUGUUUUACAUGUUGUUGGUGUUCCAUCAAUUAGUUCUCAAGCUAAACAAUUAUUAUUACAUCAUACUUUAGGUAAUGGUGAUUUUACUGUUUUCCAUAGAAUGUCAAAUAAUAUCAGUCAAACUACUGCUUUUAUUUCUGAUAUUAAUUCUGCUCCUGCUGAAAUUGAUAGAUGUAUUAGAACUGCUUAUAUCAGACAAAGACCAGUUUAUUUAGGUUUACCAGCUAAUUUAGUUGAUUUACUUGUUCCAGCCUCAUUAUUAAAUACUCCAAUUGAUUUAUCUUUACAACCAAAUGAUCCAGAUGCUCAAGAAGAAGUUAUUGAAACUGUUUUGGAAUUAAUUCAUAAAGCUGAAAAUCCAGUUAUUUUGGUUGAUGCUUGUGCUUCAAGACAUGGAUGUAAAGAAGAAGUUCGUAAAUUAGUAGAAACAACUCAAUUCCCAGUUUUCACUACUCCAAUGGGUAAAGGUGUUGUUGAUGAAGGCGGAGUUGAUGGUGAAUUAUUAGAAAAUGAUCCAAAUUUGAUUUCAAAAGUUGCAGCUAGAUUAGUUUCUGGUAAGAGUGUUUCUUCAAGAUUCGGUGGUGUUUAUGUUGGUACUUUAUCUAAACCAGAAGUUAAAGAAUUUGUUGAAAAUGCUGAUUUAAUUUUAUCGGUUGGUGCUAUAUUGUCCGAUUUCAAUACUGGUUCUUUCUCUUAUUCAUACAAAACCAAAAAUAUUGUUGAAUUCCAUUCUGAUCAUACUAAGAUUAGACAAGCUACUUUCCCAGGUGUUCAAAUGAAAGAAGCUUUACAAAAUUUGAAUUCAAGAGUUGCACCAGCUGCUGCUCAUUAUAAAGUUAAACCAGUUCCAAAGAUUAAAUUAGCUAAUACUCCAGCUACUGGAAAUGUUAAAUUAACUCAAGAAUGGUUAUGGACUAAAGUUUCUUCAUGGUUUAGAGAAGGUGAUAUCAUUAUUACUGAAACUGGUACAUCAGCUUUUGGUAUUGUUCAAUCUAGAUUCCCAAAUAACACUAUUGGUAUUUCUCAAGUUUUAUGGGGUUCCAUUGGUUUCUCUGUUGGUGCCACUUUAGGUGCAGUAAUGGCAGCUCAAGAAAUUGAUCCAAAUAAGAGAGUUAUUUUAUUUGUUGGUGAUGGUUCUUUACAAUUAACAGUUCAAGAAAUUUCUACAAUGAUUAGAUGGAAUACUACUCCAUAUCUUUUCGUUUUAAAUAAUGAUGGUUAUACUAUUGAAAGAUUGAUUCAUGGUGAAACUGCCACAUAUAAUGAUAUUCAACCAUGGGAAAACUUAGCUUUAUUACCAACUUUUAAAGCUACUCAUUAUGAUGCCAUUAGAGUUGCAACUGUUGGUGAAGCUGAAGAUUUAUUUAAGAAUAAAGAAUUUGGUAAGAACUCCAAGAUUAGAUUAAUUGAAGUCAUGUUACCAAAAAUGGAUGCUCCACAAAAUUUGGUUAAACAAGCUCAAAUUACUGCUGCAACCAAUGAACAACAAUAGUUUAUUUCAUCAUCAUGACCCAUUACGUUUAUAAAAUAAAAAAGUUGCUAAUUUGUUAAUUUGCUUCUUUUUCGUGUUUGU